AUGGAUGACAUAAACAAGAUCCCUUCUCCCCAUUUAGACAAGUUGAAUGUGCUUCCAUCGCUGCACGUGCAACACUCAAGGAAUUUGGCGACGCCAGUAAGAUCCGUUCAAACGUCUAACACGUCUUUGGAAACGUUUACAACACUCCAUAAAGAAAGCUGUCACAGGCUGGAGUACCUCGUUGAGCGACAGAAACAGUUAUGCAUGUUAUCUGAUAAAAUGGUUCAGGUGCUACAAACAGGUGCUCAACAAGCGGUGGAGGAAUGUCAAUAUCAGUUCCGCAACAGCCGUUGGAACUGCAGCACUGUAGAGAACAGCACUGACAUCUUUGGAGGUGUACUUAAAUUUAAAUCCCGUGAAUCUGCAUUCGUGCAUGCCCUCUCAGCGGCGGCAUUGGCGCAUGCAGUAGCCCGUGCGUGUAGUCGCGGUGAAUUAAACGAGUGCUCUUGUGAUGCCCGCGUGAGAAAACGCACUCCCAGACAUUGGCAGUGGGGUGGAUGUUCUGAGGAUAUAAGAUAUGGUGAGAAGUUCAGUCGAGAUUUCGUAGAUGUAAAGGAAGAUAAGGAAAGUGAAGAAGGCAUAAUGAAUUUACACAACAAUGAGGCUGGUCGUAGGGCAGUUCGCGGUCGCAUGCAACGUGUAUGUAAAUGCCACGGCAUGUCUGGUUCGUGCUCCGUGCGCGUGUGCUGGCGGCGCCUGCCGCAGCUGCGGGCGGUAGGGGACGCUCUCACUACGAGAUACGAGGGCGCGUCGCAUGUUAAGGUGGUAGAAAGAAAAAGGGGGAAGAACAUAAGAAAAUUACGUCCAAUACACGCUGAUAUGAAGAAACCAAAUAAAACAGACUUAGUGUAUCUAGAAGACUCCCCAGACUACUGUGAGCCCAAUGAAGAGCUAGGUAUUCUCGGUACUAGAGGCCGAACGUGUAACAGAACAUCUGCAGGAUUGGACGGAUGUCGUCUGCUGUGCUGCGGUCGGGGGUACCAGACUAGGGUUAGGGAUCACGAAGAGAAAUGCCGAUGCCGAUUCGUCUGGUGUUGUCGCGUCCAUUGCGAGAUAUGCCGGUCGAAAAGAGAUCACCAUGUAUGUAAU